AUGCCGCAUCCAGGAAGACCGAAAGGUCGCAUGAACAAGAAAACACAAGCAGCUCAACAGGCAAUGCAGCAGGAGGCUCUUGCUAGACAACAAGCAGCACAGAUCCAAGCAGCACAAGCACGUCGAACGGCACAAGAACAACAGUCAAGGCAUGAUUCGAGCAUCAUAAAGGAGGAGGCGGGUAUUCAACUCCAUGACGAAGCCGACUUGAUAACUUAUCGCAAUGAUGCAUUAAUAAGAUACAUGUCUAACCACGAAAACAUUGAAAAUGUUAUGGCCAAACCAAUUCACAGUUCAAAAAUAAUCCCACCCUCACUAUAUCCCACAAUACCUAAACGCAAUGCCGAUGAUUAUUCUAAAGUGAAUCUCGAGGAAAUCUACUAUGGAGAUUUAGAAUACAUGAAAUAUUUUGACGAACAACUAGCCAAAAGUCUAUCCAUAAUGCACCAGGAGGAUGACCCUGGGUUCGUUAAAUACUUGUUCAAUACGGCGAAUUACCCAUAUCGAAGAGCAAAGUUUUCUGAAUUGGAAGCAUUACAGCAAAAAUUGCAUGAUAAAGCAUCGGUUGAAAAACUUGAAACGGAAUAUAAAACGAUAAUUGAAGAAUGCAAGGAGAAAUUCCACCACGAGUACAAAUUUCAAUCUAAUACUAGGGUGUAUGCUAUACCAUUGGAGAAACUAGCCCCCAAUGUGGAUGUGAAACGGGCGCCUGAUGGGUACAAUCCAAAAGAUUCUGACCCUGUUGAGCCGCAACUACCACAAGAAAGUGUUGCAGGCUUUGAAAACAAGACAAAUGAAGAGCCACCUAUCGAUAACAGUAAUUUCAAUUCUAACGAUAUUGACUUGAAUCUUGAUGAUAAUUCCAACGACAUGUUUCAGUUUGUAAAUGAAGACAAUGAUAAUUUCGAUAACAUUUCAUCAGCAAUAGUGAAUGAAAAUAAGAUAGGUCUGGGUGCACAAUCAGAAGCAAUUGCCGUAAAACUGCAAGUUGAGGAUAACUCCAACACCCAGAUUCCUCAAGAAAGUAUGAGUACUGGAUCCAAUCUAAACGAUGAAAACAUACGACUGGGCACUAAUGCUCUUACUAACGAAGAGCCACCACAAUCACAACAGUCCCCUGAGGGUCAGCCGAUGGAACAAGACGAUGACCACCUCAAUAACGCAAUGGUUGCUGAGAUUAACGAUUUGUUCAACGAUAAUGAUCACGAUAUGGACCACCUGGCUAUAGUAAACGACGACAUUGAAGAUCUUUACAAUUUUGACCAGGGCGACAAUGGUGAUCUUUUGGGUGGGUCCGAGUUUGAGCAGGACUUUUUAAGUCAAAUUAACCAGAGCAUGGAAUAG